AUGGAUGAAAUCGGUAUUGAACCCACUUUUGAGAAUACCGUCCAGGACAAGGCGACAUUGUACCAGGACCUCGAGGAGGACUUGUACCUUCGCUACAAGAAGCUCGCGCGACACCUUGAAAUGCUCGAUAUUCAAGAGAGCUACAUCAAAGAUGAACAGGCCAACCUCAAACGCGAACUCAUCCGUGCGCAGGAGGAAGUCAAGCGAAUCAAAUCCGUACCCUUGGUUAUUGGCCAAUUCCUGGAACCAAUCGACCAGAACACUGGCAUCGUCGGCUCAACAACGGGAUCGAACUAUGUCGUGCGGAUAUUGUCCACGCUAGACAGGGAACUCUUGAAGCCUUCGUCAUCUGUGGCUUUGCAUCGACAUUCGAACGCGCUUGUGGACAUCUUGCCUCCGGAGGCUGAUUCGUCAAUUACGAUGCUUGGGAAGGAGGAGAAGCCGGAUGUGACUUACCAGGAUGUUGGUGGAUUGGACAUGCAGAAGCAGGAGAUUAGGGAAGCUGUUGAGCUUCCGUUGACCCAUUUCGAUCUAUACAAGAAGAUUGGUAUUGACCCGCCGAGAGGUGUAUUGCUCUACGGUCCACCAGGAACUGGAAAGACUAUGCUUGUGAAAGCUGUUGCCCACCAUACGACAGCAUCCUUCAUCCGCGUUGUUGGUAGUGAAUUCGUGCAGAAGUACCUUGGUGAAGGUCCUCGCAUGGUUCGAGACGUCUUCCGGCUGGCACGAGAGAACGCACCUUCAAUCAUCUUUAUUGACGAAAUUGAUGCUAUUGCAACGAAACGUUUCGACGCUCAAACCGGUGCCGAUCGUGAAGUGCAGCGUAUUCUUAUCGAAUUGCUGACACAAAUGGACGGUUUCGACCAGGGAAGCAACGUCAAGGUUAUCAUGGCCACCAACCGAGCUGAUACCCUGGAUCCCGCUCUGCUUCGACCAGGUCGUCUGGACCGAAAGAUUGAAUUCCCUCAUCCCAACCGACGAGAGAAGCGACUUAUCUUCCAAACUGUGACAAGCAAGAUGAACCUCAGCCCCGACGUUGAUCUGGAAGACUAUGUAUCGCGUCCCGACCGCAUUUCGUCCGCUGAGAUUGCUUCCAUCGUGCAAGCUGCGGGUCUGCAAGCCGUACGGAAGAAUCGGUACGUCAUUCUUCCCAUCGACUUUGAGGAAGCGUGGAAACAAACGGUCAAGCGCACCGACGACACCCACGAGUUCUAUCGGUAG